GAGAAGGACUUGCGUGCGACGGUUCUCACCGCUGCUAUGGAGGCGCUGGCCAUGGGUUCCCGGGCGCUGCGGCUCUGGAGGGUCGCACCCGGUGGCGGGAUCAGCUGGAGAUUUAUAGCAACAUCGCCAGCUUCUCGGCUGUCACCGACAGAAUUGACAGAAAUGCGGAAUGAUUUCUUUAAUAAAGAGAAAGCCAGGCAGUUAUCAUUAACUCCCCGAACUGAGAAGAUAGAAGUUAAGCAUAUUGGGAAAACUGACCCUGGUACUGUCUUCGUGAUGAAUAAAAACAUUUCAACUCCCUACAGUUGUGCCAUGCAUUUAAGUGAGUGGUAUUGCAGGAAGUCCAUUCUGGCUCUGGUGGAUGGACAGCCUUGGGACAUGUAUAAGCCUUUAACAAAGUCCUGUGAAAUUAAAUUUCUGACUUUCAAAGAUCGUGAUCCAGGAGAAGUGAAUAAGGCUUAUUGGCGUUCCUGUGCUAUGAUGAUGGGCUGUGUGAUAGAGAGGGCAUUCAAAGAUGAAUAUGUGGUCAAUUUGGUCAGAGCUCCAGAAGUUCCUGUAAUUUCUGGUGCCUUCUGUUAUGACGUAGUUUUGGAUAGCAAACUUGAUGAGUGGAUGCCAACAAAAGAGAACUUACGUUCCUUCACAAAGGAUGCUCAUGCUUUAAUUUAUAAAGAUCUUCCAUUUGAAACUCUGGAAGUUGAAGCAAAAGUGGCAUUGGAAAUAUUUCAACACAACAAGUACAAAAUAGAUUUCAUAGAAGAGAAGGCAUCUCAGAACUCUGAGAGAAUAAUCAAGCUACACAGAAUAGGUGACUUCAUUGAUGUGAGUGAGGGCCCUCUUAUUCCAAGAACAAGUAUUUGUUUCCAGUAUGAAGUGUCAGCAGUUCACAAUCUUCAACCCACCCAGCCAAGUCUCAUACGAAGAUUCCAGGGUGUGUCUUUACCUGUUCACUUAAGAGCACAUUUUACAAUAUGGGAUAAGCUAUUGGAAAGAUCUCGGAAAAUGGUAACUGAAGAUCAAAGUAAACCAACAGAGGAAUGUACAUCUACCUAAUAACUUUCUAAAAUUUAAAUAUGUAUAAUAAAAUAAAUGUUUUAAAUA